AUGGGCAACUAUCGCCUCAUCUCCUUGCUGUCUGUCGUCUACAAACUUUCCACUCGAAUCAUUCUAAACAGGAUUGAGAGAAUACUGGACGAAGGAGAGCCAUGUGAACAAGCAGAGUGUCGAAGAGGAUUUAGUACGAUGGACGACAUCCACACGAUAACAAGAAUCAUUGACGUAUCGCUAGGGUUGGAAAUUCAAUAUGACGAACGACCUAGCUUCAGAGCUGAGCAGAAGGAAACGAGCGGCUUGGGGAGCUUUCAAGAGCAUCGAGGAUGUACUGAAGAGCGAAGAACACCCGACUCCGUGCCCCCUUUAGGACUCAGCGUACAAUGCUGUGAACGUCUCAUACAUCUAGUUACAGUUUGUGCGAAACGUAUCAAGGAUGAUCUUACUAGAUUUCUUGCAAAGACAGUAAUCGAUCCAUUGCCACAUUGA